GAUGUACAGAGUGUUUCUAAUGUUGAUUGGGAUCGAUUUCCCCUUUGGAUGCGCCGAUGUUACGAUUUUGAACAUUUUCUCUCAGGCGCAUUUCCCAUUUGAACAUUUUCUGUAUACGCGGUGGAUUAAACAUCUUAAUCUUUCACUCGAACUCAAGCCUCAGUCUCCCUAAAGCGUAUUUAUCACCCUGUAUGAGGUUUUCUUACCAACAACUUGAGAUAAAUUUGUUAGUUGAAUAGUUUAACUUUGUGUCUCCGAGGCCUGACAGACAAUUGGAUUAACACAAUUUAAUUUAUUUUCUUCAGUUUCUUGUGUCUUUUUAAUUUCUUUUUAAUUUCUCUAAUUGUUUCUCUCUAUUAUUCGCAAGUGAAUCAAUUGCGACACCAAAAUGUACAAACCUAAAUGUUUCGCUGGAUGUUCACAAGAGAUUCAGGAAGGUCAAGCAUUAAUUGCACUGGACAAACAUUGGCAUGUUUGGUGUUUCAAGUGUACUUGUUGUAAAAACCUUCUCCAUGGGGAAUACAUGGGAAAAGAUGGACUGCCUUAUUGUGAGAAAGAUUAUCAAGCAAAAUUUGGUGUUCGUUGUGCUCAUUGUGAAAGAUACAUUACCGGUAAGGUUUUACAGGCCGGUGAUAAUCAUCAUUUCCACCCGACUUGUGCUCGGUGUACAAAAUGUGGUGACCCUUUUGGUGAUGGUGAGGAAAUGUAUAUGCAAGGAGGUGCCAUUUGGCAUCCACGAUGUGGACCAGGACCUGAUGCUAGAAUUGAAGAUGUCUACCUUGAUAGCUACGAUAGUCAGUACUACGGGAGUUACAUUCACUCUCCGAGUUUACCUCGAUCACGAUCAAUAAGUCCUUACGGUUCUUUAAGCCAUCAGUAUGGAAGACGAAGUCCUGGAAUUGUAAAUCGUGAGCCGAUCCUCGGUGAUCAUAGUCGUGUCUACACAAAUAGUUACCUUACAGCUGAACCUACUCAAGGUUACUUGAGACGUCCUUUAGAGCCUCGAACACCUAAAUCCUCACAAUUUUAUCGACCACCAGAAGGUUCUGUUUCUCGUAAUAACAUGAAAUCUUCACCUAAACAUGGAAUGCAAGCUUUGGUCGAUAACCUUCAAUCGUCAAGUCAAAGUCGUCCUCGUUCACCUCAUAUGAACAAUGAGGAGCCUAUAGAAUUGGCCCAUUAUCCAAGUGCCCGUAAACCUAAACCCAAUGAGCUACCAAGAAUUGAACGUGACGAUUUUCCAGCUCCACCCUUUCCCUAUACUGAUCCUGAUAGACGUCGACGUUGGUCUGGUAGCUCACGAGAAUUGGAUGAUGAUGAUAUUGACGGUGCAUCCAGCAGAUUGAGUGGAGAUGCAAAAUUAAGAAGAGAGGAAGAAGAACUUUCCAAAAUUGCCACCGGCAUAGGAAAAGUUUUCCUCAAAACUCUAAAAGAACGUGAAAAAAUAAUAGCUUGGAAAAAAGAGCAUCUUGAUCCAAGGAAUGCAUCUCGAACUCCUUCUGCCAAAAUAGAACCACCAACUCGAUUGAGAUAUGAUAAUCCGGUGAAUGCAUCACCCUCUCGGGAUAUUGAUAGACCAAAACCAUGGGAAGAAGAUGAAUUUGACAGAGGAUCGCUUUACAGAAGUUCUGGAGGAAAGCUUCAAUAUUAUGCUCCACCGCCGUUGAAUUACAAUGUUGUCUCUUCUCUCAGAAAUGUACCCAAGCCCGGUUAUGGGCUUAAAAGUGGCCUCUCCUACCGAGACGGAACGCUCAAUGGCUCGGAAUCACCUUUCAGUAAACUAGAGAAAACCCAAAGUAUCGACUUUAAUUGCGCAAAGUCUGAUAUUUCAACCCAAUCAGAGCAACACGAUCGGAGUAGACACUUCAUGAAUCAUUCAAUGAGUGGCACUUUCCGGACAACUCCCUUUUCAGAUGGAAUCAGUGGCUACCGAUAUGCAUCUUAUAGUCCACAUUUAAGACGAUCAAUGCCUAAUGUUAAUUUUCACCUUCAUUCAAAUGAACCACCAAAACUUUAUCCAUACCAUUUACUCAUCACAACCAACUAUCGAUUACCUCCUGAUGUAGAUCGAUGUCAUCUUGAGAGACAUCUCUCAAACGAAGAGUUCACAACUCUAUUUCAUAUGUCAAGGCUUGAGUUUUAUCGAUUACCUGAAUGGAAACGGAAUGACCUUAAAAAACGAGUGAAACUUUAUUGAGAUGAUUUAAAAUCUAGACCAUUGGAUUUUAGGACAAUUUAAAUGAUGAAUUGUGACUCUAAAGGAUUUCAUCUUUUUCUCUUUGCUGUUUCUUCCUGUCGACUGCCUCUUCCACUUCCUCUCCAUCUCUUCAGUUCUAAUAUAAGAUCUACACUCUGUCUGCACCUUCAUCUUCAUCAUCUUAACGAAACAAAGCCAUCGUAGCCCAUGGAUGAUUCAUCUCCCUGUUUUCAUCCAUCUUCAUUAUCGCCAUCGCUCUUAUCUUUUUGAUUAUCAUCCCUAUUCCAUCUUCAUCAUUUCUUGUCAUCUUAUGUGUCUGAUUCUUUUGUCUUUCUUUCAUCAUUUCUUUUCUUUUGAAUUGCGAAACUCCAAUUGCAUUUAGAGAUUAUUUCCAUUCUCCCUCUCCCUCUCCAUUUCUCUCUCUCUUUCUCUCUCAUUCUUCAAUUUCUUUAUACAAAAACUUUAGGGAAUCUUUUCCGUUUCCGUUUUUGGCGAAAGCGAAAGAAAAAGAUAAUAUUUCAUUCAUUUUUUCUUAAUGAUAGUCACAUUCACCAUUCAUGAAUUACUCUGAAAUCAGAAAUUUGAAACAAUUAACCAGCCAAGAAUUGAUUAAUUUCCUCUCCUUGUAAUCAAACCACUUCUACACCUCGACCUAUUUUAAUACCAUAACAAUUCAUUUUUGGUAUCAUCAUUUACCUUGAAUUAUCAUUAAUCACAUAGAAUAUGAAAAAUUUUUCCUCCCAAUUACUAUUAUUAUUGACCAAAGAUAAUAUUAAUAUCGAUUAUUUUAAAAAAGCUUUUAAUCAUUGAUUAACUUUUAGAUUCUUGGCUGUUUCUCUAAUCCAAUUUUACCUGAAAUUCAGAGUAAUUCACUAAUUAAGAUCAAAUUAAGCCUAAAUUUGAAUAUUCAAUUUCAGAAAUUAUAUAAAAAUUAUAUUAUCUUAAAAAAUAUAUAAAUUAUAUUACAUAGAUAUAAUUACAAUAUAUAACAAUUAACAUUAUUUGAGCUUGACCGUGAGUGACCGCAGUGGUAACACAGCUAAUGUGAUUUAAAUAAUUGUAACUCUAAUUGGAUAAUUCAAUUCAAUUAGACUGAAUAACAUCUCUAAGUCCCCCCAAUCAAUUAAUUGUCAUUUCUAAUUAAUAUUGAAACUGCCCCAUGAAAAGUGAAUCCAUUCAAGUAUCAAAAUACAACCAAACGUUUUCAUCUAUUUUUAGGUUUUUUUUUCUCUUCCUCAUCUUUUACUUUUCUUAUCAUCAUCUUUAUCAUCUUCAUCAUUUUUCCAUUGAUUUUAAUUAAUUAUCAAAUAGUUAAAUCAUUUACUCAAUAAUUAAACACAAACCGUUCAUUAGGCAACUAUUACAAGAACUGAAUAUAAAAUUAUGAUCUUGAUUAAUCAGUGAUAAAAGUGAUAUGAUAUGAAUUUAAAGAUAUUAUCAAAUUAUGAUGAUAAAAUUUAAACACAAGGCUGAAAACGAUGAAGAUGAUUAAGUUGAUUAAAGUAAUUAAGACAAUUAACGAGAAAAUUUUUUCUAAAAUUGUGAAUUUUCACUUGAAACGAAAUACAAAUUGAUCAAAUUGAUGGAAAAUUAUUUCGAAAAUGACUCAACCUUAUUGCCUCCCUAUUCCCUUUUAUCUUUCAUCUUCUUCAUCUUCUUCAUCAAUCAUCAUCAUCAUCAUCUCUCUCUCUCUCUCUAACUUCCUCUGUUAUUUUAAUUCUUAAUUAUCACAAAUUGUAAUCAUUAAUUAGGAGCCAUUUUUUUUUCGUUAUCACUUUUCAUCCUUUUUUCUCAUCGUCUUAUUAUUUUCUUUACGAUUUAUGAUUCUAUCUUAUUUGAUUAUAAUUAAUAAUCAAUUAGUAAUCACAAUUGUUUCACCAUUAUGAUGAUUAAGUAAAUUGUUAAUCACAAUUUAGCAUCAAAAUGAACAUUUCAUUCAUUAUCAUCAACCAAUAACAAUAGGAAAUCAACUGAUUACUUUCUCUGAUUAAUUAGCAACUUAAUUAUUGUUAAGUUGUUUUCUGUUUAAUUUUGUUCCAAUUUAAAUCAAUUGUCAUGGUUUUUUUUUAUUUACUGAUCCCAAUUGUGUUAAAUUGUUUUAACAAUUGUGUCAUGUGGUUGACUCUCUAUUUAAUCUAAUAACCAUUGAGAAAAAAAAGUCAGACAAUUAAAAAAAAAGAUAAUCAUUAA